AUGUUUGAUAAAUCGUUAUAUUGCCUUUGGAACAGCUAGCUAGAGUUAAUAGUAUACAGUAUAGCUGACAUUUGAGAUAUUUGAUGACUAGCUCCCUUCUGGCGGAUGCUACGUAGCUAGCUCUGGAACUUAUUUUGGUAAAGCUGUUUUAUUAGUUUGUAGUUGUCUAGCUGGCACUAUUAACUCCGGCAGUAGGUAGUUAUAGCUGGUUAUAUUAUUUCGCAAAAUGAGUUAACCAGCUGCUUUGCUAGUAGAACUGGUGGUUAAGGAACUUGUCAACGUACUGGUAUAGCGACUGUGGUUAACGUUAUUGUUGAGGUGCCUAGUCUCACCUUGCCUUAGUGUGGGUCCCCCGGCCCGAGUAUGACGCUAAUCGAGGGGGUCGGGGACGAGGUUACCCUGCUCUUUGGCGCGGUCCUCCUGCUGCUGGUACUGGUGCUUGCCUGGGCUUCCACGCACACGGCUGAGCCCCCCGAGCACCUUUUCACCACGCCACCCGCGUCAGCCUCUUCGGUCUCAGCCGCCCUCCAUCUACGGAGCGCCUCAUCAGACCAGCAACCGGUCCAGAGUGACGUCACCACCGGUGAGAGCAGCAACAGUCCCGAGUCGUCCAGCGCCCCCUCUUCUGUGAACAGCCUGAACCCACCUUUGGGGGAGGAGGGGAAGGCGGAGAGGGGAAGCCAGAUUCCCGAGGGGGAUGGACGGGGGAGGGGGGCGGAGGAGGAAGGGGCAGGUGGAGAGGGCAACCUUUUGGAAGAAGGUUCCCCCCUCUCUGAUGGUCUGAGACAUCGAGAUGGGGUCGGAGGCGGCCAGACUGGAGCCAGUACCGGAACGUCCCCUUCGCACCCCACCCCAAAUCCAUUGGACAGUGCCUCAAGUACCAGACCGCCCCCUGAGGUGGAACCCGCCGACGCCACGGAGAGGAACAUGGUUCUGCGUCUGAAGUUCCUCAAUGACACUGAAAGAACAGCCCAGGUGAAGCCUGAGGACACCAUCGGUUACAUCAAAAGGACCUACUUCGCCGGCCAAGAGCACCAGGUGCGCCUCAUCUACCAGGGCCAGCUGCUCCAGGACGACGGCCAGACCCUGGCCUCUCUUAACCUGGCCGACAACUGCGUCCUGCACUGCCACAUCUCCCAGCACGCGACCAGGGCCGCCCCGGCGGGUGCCCGCGCGGCCGACCAGGUGCAGGUGGCCCUCAACGUGGGCAGCCUCAUGGUGCCCCUGUUUGUGCUCAUGCUGUCCGUGCUCUGGUACUUCCAGAUUCAGUAUCGGCAGUUCUUCACCGCGCCGGCCACCGCUUCGCUGGUGGGCAUAACCAUUUUCUUUAGCUUUGUGGCGUUCGGGGUCUACCGCCGCUGAGGCCAGCUGCCCUUCCUGAGCCGCGCCCCGGGGUGUCCGUAGUUUUAGACUGUCAAGGUACCCUUCCUUAGCCCCCCCCCCUCCCCCAGUUCUCGCUUCUAUGCCCGUCGUAGCUCAACUCGGACACAGACCUCUGGACCAUUUUUGGAUCCCUGUCACGGACGAUCGUCAGUCGUGUGAUUUCUAGCGGGGGAACUGUUUUCGAUCGGUGGUCUCUACGCAAACAAGCUUCUUGUUCUGUUUCUGUCUCCCUCUCCCCUUCACGCGUCGCUUUCCUUCACCAGUACACCAUACGAGCAAAGAAAAAUGUCACACUGAUGGAUGUGCAGAUUAUAAUUUUCUCAUGUUUUUAAAUGUGUAGAUUUUCAAUGUGCCUACCCUGAUAUCGUUAUUUUUUUUUUCUCUUCUUAUGUACACUGUUACGCAAUGGCCAACGGUGUAGCUGUGGCUUGCCUGUAGAUAAGUCUAUUUUUGGGGCUCACCCCUUUGGACUUGAGAUGGGGACUUGGACUAGGCCAGAGGACCACUCGUCUGUCUGCAGUCUUUCUAACUGCAGUGAAGGAGGUUCAACUGCUGUUGUGCUGUAUUUAUGUUGGGAGCAUAGUUUCUGUGUGAAAACAAAAUAUACAAAUUCUAUUAAAUCAUUCUUUUAUUUA